AUGUACGGCGCGCGCGUCCUCAGCCAAACCGCCACAGUACUGCGCGAUUACACCAUGGACGAGCCGGACAUUGAUGCAGCGUCCCCUGGCUUCAACAUGGCGGACCUAGUCAAGACAUCGCACAACAUCCGGCUAUACAAAGAGGUUCAGAACCUCAAGAAACUCGUCAACGACCUCGUCGACUAUCAACUGGCGCACCCGAAGCACCCAAAACCCACCACUCGCGAGGACAUCGACAACGACAAGAAGGCGCACCGAGAGAUUGAAAAGCGAGAAAAGUACAUCCGCGCCCAACUCUCCAUCAUCAAGUCACUGUACCGGCAAAGUGUCUUGAAAGUGCGCGAGGAAAAGGCAAAGACGUCAGACGAUAGGGCGGUCAACGAUGCGCUCAUUCUCGGCCUGCACAACCUCAAGUAUGAAGAGCAGUCUUUGCGGUCUGAAAUCUCCGCUGCGGAGAACUACGAUCACAAGUACAUGAAGCUCCCGCUCAUCUCCACCGAAGAGUACCUCGAGCAAUUUCCCGACCAGAAACACCUCUCCGAGCACGACCUCAUGACUGCGCGCAUCGAGCACGAACACCAGGUCCGCGUCAAGCUGGAAGAGCGCCGGCAGGAAAAGCUCAAGCAGAAGCAGAAGCUCAUUGCGGAAGUCAAGAAGGGCAAGGACGACCUCACCAAGUUGGAUGCCAUGGUGGAGAAGUUCAUCGAAGCUGCAGAGCCGAUCAAAAAGGUGCUGGCCACGGAUUAG